GCGUAUGACAUAUUCCCCCAGGCGUUGCGUCGGGACGAGCUGCUCUUGCGCUGCGCGGCAGCGGCUGCGGCCACCGGAGAGGAGAGCACGGGCACCUGUUGCUGGUGACUCGGGAUCUGCUGCUGCUGCUGCUGCUGCUGAUGGAUGCAGUUCUCCUGGCACUGGAAGUCGCCGCACAGCAUGAGAGGCUUCUGAUCGGGGUAGUCCUCAUUCUCCUCCAGCAGACUGAGGUUGUUGAUGAAGUCCGCGUUGCUGCAGGGCUCCUGCUUGACGGACGGGGCCGGGGACGAGGUGUUGGAGUCCGCGGCAGCCGCGUUAGGGAACUCCGGUCGCGGGAGCGGCCAAGUGCAGGAGCGGGGUCGGGAGAGUGGCUCGAAGUCCGGGUCGAUCUCGACCAUCUGGUUUUGGGCUGCGUCAGCCAUGGAAGUGAUGCAAUAUUGCAGAAGUUAACCAUGGCUCCACAUCCUGUCACUCAAGCCGUCAUUGAUCUGUCAGCUGGAGCAUGUGGUGGGGUUGCGUGUGUGUUUAGUGGGCAGCCCUUCGAUACAGCCAAGGUGAAGAUGCAGACUUUCCCCGGCUUGUACAGAAGCUCUGUCCACUGCUUCGUCUCUGUCUACAGACAGGUUGGACUGCGAGGCCUCUAUCAGGGGACCACACCUGCCCUCAUAGCCAACAUCGCUGAAAACGCUGUGCUCUUCAUGAGCUAUGUCUUCUGCCAGAAUGUCGUGCGCUUUGUUUCAGGACUGGACCGAGGCACAGAACUCAGUGAUAUUCAGAAGGCCUGUUCAGGCUCUGUCGCCUCUAUCUUCUCCUCUCUGGCUUUAUGCCCCACUGAACUGGUUAAAUGUCGACUGCAGGCCAUGCAUGAAAUGGAGGCGUCCGGCAAGAUUGCCAGUGGUCAGAAAAGCACGGUGUGGUCCGUUGUGAGAAAUGUGCUGCGGACAAAUGGUCCUCUGGGCUUCUAUCAGGGUCUGACCACCACUAUCGUCCGUGAGAUACCUGGAUACUUCUGUUUCUUCGGAGGAUAUGAACUCAGCCGCUCCGUGUUUGCCAACCACAUGGACAGAGACAAAGAGCACAUAGGUGUGGUGCCGUUGAUGUUCAGCGGUGGUUUCGGCGGAGCCUGUCUGUGGUUGGUCGUGUACCCCAUUGACUGUGUGAAGUCUCGCAUCCAGGUUCUGUCUUUAGCAGGGAAGCAGGAAGGCUUCCUCAAGACUCUUAUGGGGAUUUUACGAAAUGAGGGAGUGGCGCCUCUGUAUUCUGGUUUGACCCCGACUAUGAUCCGAACUUUUCCUGCCAACGGAGCUCUGUUUUUGGCCUAUGAAGUCAGUCGCAAGAUCAUGAUGCAAAAGUUUAUGAUGGCAGUCUUCCUGGCCUUCAACGCCUUCCAGCCAGAAUGGGCAGGGCACCUCGUCCUGGUCCAAUCGGACAACAUGACAGUGGUGGCCUUCAUAAAUCCCCAGGGGGGACUCGGGUCAUGCCUGCUGAACAGGCUGGUGAGUCGCCUCUUCCUAUGGGCUCAGCACAACCUCCCCUCAGUGAGGCCAUGGCUCUCUGAACAAGGGAGCAGACAUGCUGUCCCGGAAAGGACGGUCUCCAGGGGAAGGGAGACCACCCUAGACGGUACAGAUGAUUUGGAGUAUCUUCGGCGAGUGGAAAUAGACCUUUUCUCCCACUCCCCAACUUUCUUCUCGAAGGAUAAGGAUGUGUUGGACCACGAGCGGCUCCGUUCACGCCUGUAUGCCUUCCAUCCGGUAGCUCUGCUCCCUCAGGUCAUCAGCCAAAUUAGGGAGAACAGAUGCUCGGUCCUGCUAGUGGCCCUGCUCUGGCAGAACAACUUCUGUUACCUGCCUUCUGCCAUAACACAUCUUACACUUGUGUCGCUCCUCAACAUGACCACCGUAAUCAGAGUUCAAGACCGGGAGACUGAGAAUGGCAGACACAUAAUACAAGAUGAUAAACCGCCCUCGCUGGGAUGCUUCGGCUGGUUCAUUAUCUUUAUCUCCAUCAUUAUCACCAUUGGAUUGCUUCCUGUUACCAUUUUUAUGUGCAUCAAGAUUGUGAAGGAGUAUGAAAGGGCCGUGAUUUUUCGAUUGGGUCGUAUUGUGGACAAGAAACCAAAAGGACCUGGAAUUUUCUUUGUGCUGCCGUGUACUGAUACAUUCAGGAAGGUGGACUUGAGAACUGUGACAUUUGAUAUUCCUGCUCAAGAGUUCCUGACGAAGGACUCUGUGACCGUGAGUGUGGACGGUGUGGUGUACUUCCGUGUCUUUGACCCGAUCUGUUCCGUGGUCAACGUGUCCAACGCAGACCACGCAACACGGCUGUUGGCGCAGACCACCCUGAGAAAUGUCCUGGGCACAAAGAACCUGUCUGAGCUGCUGUCUGACCGAGAGGGCAUCUCAUCUAGCAUGCAGAUUGCCUUGGACGAGGCCACUGGCGUGUGGGGGAUUAAAGUGGAGCGAGUGGAGAUAAAGGACGUUAAACUGCCGCUCCAGCUCCAGAGAGCCAUGGCUGCAGAGGCUGAAGCAACUCGAGAAGCCCGUGCCAAGGUGAUUGCAGCUGAGGGUGAGAUGAACGCCUCGCGGGCCCUGAAGGAAGCGUCUCUGGUGAUGUCCGAGUCUCCAUCGGCUCUUCAGCUGCGAUACCUCCAGACUCUAAACACAAUCGCAGCAGAAAGAAACUCCACCAUCAUCUUCCCCUUGCCCAUUGAUAUCAUUCAGCAUUUCAUGUCGAAAAAAAAUGGAUAAAUCCAGAUUAUGCUCUUAGAUAAAGUGCUUGUGUUCUUAGAAAGUU